CGUCGUUCAAGCCAGCGGUAGUAGAGACUACGACCGAGGCUAGCUAAGCUAAGAGAUGGCGGAUCACCAGUACUCGGCGUGGACGACUUCCGCUGCUCGUCAUCGGGUCUUCUCCUGUGCGCUCAUGGCUCUUGUUAGUUUUGUGGCUGCAGGACGACCCAUGGUGCUCGCCGACGCCAUCGUCUUUCACGUGGCGAACAGGUGCCCGUUCCCGGUGUGGCCGGCGUCCGCCCCUAACACCGGCCACCCAGUGCUCGCCGGCGGCGGCUUCUACGUCCCGCAGGGCAAGUCGAGGCGCGUCGUCGCGCCGGCCAACUGGAACGGGCGCUUCUGGGCCCGCACCGGUUGCAACUUCACCGCGAACGGCAUGGGCGUAGCGGGCUGCCUCACCGGCGACUGCGAGGGCCGGCUCGCCUGUAACGGGUCCGUGGGCGCCCCGCCCGCCACGCUAGUCGAGGUGAGCCUGCACGAGGACGCCCCGAAAGGGAGCUCCUACGACGUGAGCCUGGUGGACGGGUACAACCUCCCCGUCGCCGUCUCCGCCAAGCCCGCCACGGGCGGCGCGGACCCGAACAAGUGCGCCAUUGCCGGCUGCGCCAAGAACGUGAACGCGGUGUGCCCGCCGGAGCUGCAGGUGACCGCUACCGGCAGCGGCGGCGGCAAGACGGUGGUGGCGUGCAAGAGCGCGUGCCUAGCGUUCGGGCUCGACGCCUUCUGCUGCCGCGGCGCGUACGCGACGCCGGCCACGUGCCGAGGGACCGUGUACUCGCGCCUCUUCAAGGACGCCUGCCCGGCAUACUACAGCUAUGCCUACGACACCGCCGCCACGACGGCCAGCGGGUGCUACGCGCAGGAGUACAUCAUCACGUUCUGCCCGUCCAGAUGGGGCGACGAGCCCGGGGAUCGUGCUGCUCAGAUUUGAAUUUGGUGUCGUCAUCGUCAGUCAGGCAAUUACCAAUCACCAUUGCGUCGAGCUUUUCGCACGUCUUUAUGUAUGUGUGUACGCUUGUGUCUGCUUCUAGUGGGCUUUCACAUAAAUUUCUACAUACAUAUACACAUACAACAAUAAAAAAUAAGGUAGUGCUAUUUA